UCCCUCGCUGCAUCAUUGGUGCUGAUGAGAGGGAGUGGAGCGCGUCGACGCAUUUGAGACGCGCGUUCUGCAGGAGCGUCGCGUGAUGCAGGUUAUAUGCGAGAUUUACUACACGCCCACAUAUAGGCUCAGCGGGCAGUUAUACCUUCGCUGUAUCUGACAGGUUGCUCAAACGCGAUACUGAGGCGAAAAGCAGCUGCUAUGGAGACUGAGCGCGCAUCGGUGAAGACUGUAAACACGCGCGGGUGUGACUCAACGUGUCUUCUGUAGGGCAAACGCGACCGUGGGUUUCUCUUCUGAAGGAUGGGCUACUCAGAUCCGACAGCGAAUAGAGAUCUGUUGGGAAACAGAUCCCUGUGUUUUAUUUUCAUAUGUGCUUUUGGACUGGUCACAUUAUUGCAGCAAAUCCUCUAUGGCAAGAACUAUAUUAAAAGUGGGCAACAGUUUUCCCGCCUCAAAGGAGAGGAGGUGGGCAACUGGAGCGGGCUCAUUAGUUACCCCGAUGAUGGAGGGAUGAAGCCGGCCAGAAAUGGGAGGAAAAGAUGUGUCCGUCAGAAUUUUCAGCAUUCUGAGGCUCAGAGCUCCGUAGUUAUCACGCCCUGCCUAGCUGAUAUUAAGAAGAAAAAAAAAGAAAAGAAAAGGUAUCUGGAACGCUCCGAAGGCUCUUUAGAGUUCAACUCCACUUCCUGCAAGGAGCUACGGCAAGAAAUCACAGAUGUGAAAGUACUGACCAUGGUGAAGACAUCAGAGCUGUUUGAGCGAUGGAGGAACCUGCAGGUGUGUAAGUGGGAGCAAAACAAAGAGGAGACAGAUAACUUCAAAAUGUCUCUGUCCCGUUGCUGCAAUGCCCCCUCCUUCCUGUUUACCACGAAGAGAAACACUCCCUCGGGCACCAAACUGCGUUAUGAGGUGGAUACGAGUGGAAUCUUGCACAUCAGCCCAGAGAUCUUUAAAAUGUUCCCUGAUGACAUGCCCUAUUCCAAAUCCCAGUUUAAGAAAUGUGCCGUCAUCGGGAACGGCGGCAUCAUCAAAAACAGCAAGUGUGGACGAGAGAUCGACGCAGCUGACUUUGUCUUCCGAUGUAAUAUUCCUCCCAUCUCAGAUAUGUACAGUGAAGAUGUGGGAUCUAAGACUGACCUUGUUACAGUAAAUCCCAGCAUUAUAACUGAGAGGUUUCAAAAGUUGGAGAAAUGGAGAAAGCCAUUUUAUGACGUUCUGCGGAAUUACGUGAACUCCUCGGUGGUUUUGCCGGCGUUCUAUAACACGCGGAACACCGACGUGUCGUUCCGCGUGAAGUACAUGCUGGACGACUUCGAGUCGGCCCGCGGCGUGUUCUUCUUCCACCCUCAGUACCUGCUGAACGUGCAGCGCUUCUGGGCCGUGCAGGGCGUCCGCGCCAAACGCCUCAGCAGCGGCCUGAUGCUGGUCACCGCCGCCAUGGAGUUAUGCGAAGAAGUGCAUCUCUACGGCUUCUGGGCAUUUCCCAUGAACCCCUCCGGAAUCUUCAUAACGCAUCACUACUAUGACAAUGUCAAGCCCCGUCCCGGUUUCCACGCCAUGCCCUAUGAGAUCUUCAACUUCAUGCAUAUGCACGCUCGCGGCAUCCUGCACGUGCACACGGGCCCCUGCAGGUGAAAUGCCAAGCGUUUCUGCAGUCUGAUUGGUCCGUUUUGUAGAGCUCCUCUCAUUCACUGGAGCUACGGAACUCAAACUUACAUGCGCAAAACGCUGCCUUAAAGGCCAGGCGUUUUAUCACUACGUGUUUUUACAAUAUUAUGUCGGGACAGUUGCAAAAUGGUACGUGUUUCCUGUUUGGUGAUUUUCCGUAAUGGUGUCGUAUUUGUGUAUCAGGGCAGAUAUCACGUUUUAAACUUUGUGAGGAGGCACUGAACCAGGCGCGAUGCAAUAAAGCGCAACAGUUGGGUUCUGGAAAUAAAAACUCAUUCAUUUUUUCCAUAGGGAAAUAGAUUUUUAAUAAUAAACCUUUUAAGACAGACCUGCGCUGAGCCAUCUGUUCACAUUAACUCAACUUAUUUUUAAAAUAAUCAUGUUUAAAGAUGCUGUAUGUUAUUUUUUGACUACUAAAACAUAGAAAUACCAUAAUGUUAAAAACAUGCCAAGUUCACACCUCUGAAAAACAAAGCUACAGCCAGCUGUGCUUCCUUGUCAGAAUGUCUGUUUUUGUUUUGGUCCGUGUGACUCCGCCCACUGCCUGUUUACCCAAAUGUAUCUCAACAUUCCGGUUUGCCAGUUGGCAGAAAACACAGCAUGUUCCAGCCAUGGAAGCCAGCGAACAAACUGGGCCAGCGAUAGCAGAAUCUACCCAACCUUAAAAGCCUUGGCAUCCGUCUAAAAUCUCUGAUCAGAGGCAUAUUAAAAGUUAAAUAUAUUCAAAAUCAUUUGAAGAAGAGGGGUAGCCGGAGAAACGACUCUCUUCAGUAUUUUGAAUUUGGACUGCAGUACCCAUUUCAACCGCUAGCUGUCAAUAUUACAUACUGCAUCUUUAAUAUCUUCAGUUUGUGAUGUUGUGAUUCACCUUGUAGCUUGUUGGUUUGGUUCAGGGCUUAUACGGCUUUAAAGAAGACAACUUAAAAAACAAAUCCCUAUGGAAAAAAUGAAUGCAAAAAAUAAUUAAAUAAAAAAGUGGGCAGGCUCAAAUGCACUCUAUAAAGCAACAAAUGAGAUGUUCUAUUUCUACAAUUUCUAUUUCUGCAGAGUAGCCCCACCCACAGUGGAAUCUCAUUGGUCCAAAUCCUAUCAGUUGUAUAUGAAACAUAAAAUCUACAUCACAGGCUGUUAUUGUGUCACUCCAAACAUGGUUUAAGAGCAAGUUUACUGUUCAUUAACGACCACAACAGUGCAUAAAAGUAGACUGAAUUUGACACUUCAGUUGAAACGUUUAUGUAUAAUGGUAAAUACAUGUUUAAUGCACAGGAUCUGAAGUUAUGUAUGAUAAUUUACAAGGAAGUAUAACUUUGUGUAAUCAAAUCCAACACAGUUGUUUAUGUCUUUCUCUCACACACAAUCUGUGAUUGAGGUUUAUAAUGCUGAACUUUAUAUACUUUGUUUUUUUUUAGGUUGCUUGUGUAUGAUAUUGUGAUAACAAUGUGACAUUAUCACUUUACCAAGAAAUCGACUUUUUAAGAUUCAUCAAGAUCCUGAUUUCAUGAAACUUGAAGACAUCUUAAAGGCAUCUAUCUAUCUAUCUAUCUAUCUAUCUAUCUAUCUAUCUAUCUAUCUAUCUAUCUAUCUAUCUAUCUAUCUAUCUAUCUAUCUAUCUAUCUAUCUAUCUAUCUAUCUAUCU